AUGGUCACUAAAGGAGGGGAUACGGAGGUUCUCGGUCCAGGUGGCAAAGGGGUUCAUUUUCAAUGCAAAUUGUGCGAUUGUCAGUUCACCAGUGAGGAUGCAAAGGAGAUGCAUUUGAAAGGUCGACGCCAUCGGUCACAGUAUAAAAAGAAAGUGGAUCCAUCAAUCGAGAUCGAACGCAGACAAUCAAAUCAGUCUGGUCGUAAAUCGGCCAAAAAGUCGGAGAUACCGGUGGUUCCAGUUCCUGUAGUUCCUGUGGUUCCUGUUCCCGGGCCUUGUGCUGUGCCCAUAUCUAUGCCGUAUUUGGAACCAACUCAGCCCAUGUUUACUCGACCAGCCUACCCCGGUAUCCACAUCAAUCGUUUCGCAUGGUCACCGCAAUUACCGAAUGUGAUGGUUGAAAAUCGAUUCAUGUCCGUCAAACAUGCAUCUCUUGUGCCUACCGAAAUUGAAGCGCAGGCCAUGAAAACAGUAAUUACAAUUAGCGAGCAUGCUUUGAAAACAAUCAGUGAUGACUUAGUGGCUGAAUCUGCUCGUACUGAGGCAAAGAAAUCGGAUUCAAAUGAUCAUGCAUCGGACGACGACGAGGACGAAGAAGAGGAUCCAAAGAUGAAUCAACGAGACGGGGACCCGAAACGGAAUCAAAACCUUCAACAGGUGGAGGAUCGUCUGCUGCGUGGUGUGGUUCGCGUUGGUGCGUUAGGCAAAAGUCUUCUGCUGCGGGGCGAUCGCAUUGGUGAUUUGGUACUGGUCUGUUCCUCUUGGCCUACCACUCGAUUGAUGGAAUAUCUGCACAACGAAUUGCCCGGGGCUUUAACGAAACUCGACGAUCGAUUUUCGUAUGAGUUAAAUACAGAAAAGAAAACGGGUGAGAUCACUAUGCAUGCGACCAGGAAACCGAAUGUAGAGGAUGAACAUGGAUCUGAGCCCCUUUCGGAUUGGCCCACAAUAACGGUGCGUAUACAACUCACUUCCCCGGUGGUUCACGAUGAUUGUUCUCAACAUGAUCAGUCCUCGCAGUCUUCGUCGGGUGCCGUGAAAGCAGGUAGCUCAGCGCGAUCGGUUAAAUCGAGCACUGCUUCCACUGCUACCGAACAGACGCGAACUCCAAGUUCCCACUCAACAGCAACAACAUCGACGACCAAUUCUGGUUCCCAGGGUCCAUCGAAUGCCACAGUUGUUCCGGCCAAUCGGCUCUCACUUGCAUAUCGUCUGAUUGUGCAAGGGGAGCCGAUUAGCAAGAAUAACUGCUUGCAUGCUCUGGACGCGAUCAAUCAGGCUAAGUAUUUCCAGAAUGCGUUGGGCAAACAACCGCUUGGGAUGGUUUCGCGUGUGCUGCUGGAUUAUAUACGUGCAGAUGAGCAUUGGCGCAAACUGGAUGAAUUCGUAAGUUCGAAUUUAAAGUAA